UUAAAGAAGGAAAUUUGAUUGAGUGAGGGUUAAUUUAGAGUUUUGGGUGAAUUUAAGUUUAGAGUGAGAUGAAAGGAAAAAGAAGGUAUUCUAAGGCGAAGAGUUCGAAAUUUUUAAAAAAUAAAGAGGUGAUUUUGGAGAAUUAUGAGGAGGAUGAAGGAACUGUGAGUAUUGAUAGAGAUGAGGCAGAUAAAAAGCAGAUUAAUUUUAAAAAGGUGAAAUUAACCAAAUUUAUCAAACAAAAGAAAACAAAAUAAGAAAACUGUCACAAAAACAAAGAAAUCUGGACCUCUUAAAUCAUACAGAGUUAUUAUCAAUGGUGCAACCAAAAAGCUUGAGAGAUAUAAGGUAGGAAUAAAAUAUCCAAAAAUCAAAUUCAAGAAGCCAUCCUCCUCACUCACCACAUGAAGAAUAGAUAUUUGUAUAUGGGAAUUAAUUUCAGGGCCGUUCUUUUAACCAAAUUAUAUUUUCUUCAGUUUUACUAAUUCUAUUAUCCUCUGUCUUAGACAUGGUCAAAUCUCAACAAAUAUUUAUAUAGAUUAAUUCACCUGGUAAAAGUUCUUCCUUACCCAAUCAGAUCACUCAAGGCUAA